AAAAUGACCGCUGCCCCUUGGUGAGCUCCGCCGCCGCCGCCGCUGCCCCGGGACUCGCAGCAGCAGCAGCAGUCGCCGUGACGUCACGCGCCGCGCUGCGGAGCUCGCCGCAGCAGCAGCAGCCGCCGCCGCCGCUGCAGCUGCUGCAGCAGCAGCAGGGGAAGAUGAUGAUGGCCGCGGACGGGCAGAUUCUCUUCAACCACAGCUUCCAGAUCCGCGUGGGCAUCCUCACGGUGAGUGACAGUUGCUUUAAGAACCUGGUUGAGGACAGAACGGGACUGAAUCUGAAGGAUCUGGUGGAAGAUGAGUCAAGGCUCGGGGGAAUUGUGUCGGCCUACAAGAUUGUUCCUGAGGAGAUGGAGGACAUCAAGGAGAGCCUGCUGGAGUGGUGCGACGACAAGGAGCUCAACCUCGUGCUCACGUCCGGAGGCACGGGGUUUGCUCCCCGCGACGUCACGCCAGAGGUGACGCCUCCACUUCACUUCCGCCGGUGCUGCACAUGCCCCGAGAGGCCGCGGAGGCUACACAGGCAUCUUUUCUUUUUGUUUGUUUCCCCCGCACAGGCAACAAGGGACGUGAUAGAACGGGAGGCCCCGGGAAUGGCCUUGGCGAUGCUGAUGGGAUCUCUCAAUGUCACCCCGCUGGCAAUGCUCUCACGCCCUGUUUGUGGAAUUCGAGGAAAGACCUUGAUUAUUAACCUGCCAGGAAGCAAGAAAGGGUCUCAGGAGUGCUUCCAGUUCAUCCUGCCGGCUCUGCCGCACGCCGUCGACCUGCUGCGCGACGCGAUGGUGAAGGGCAAGGGGUCGCAUCCCGAGCUGGACAACCUGCCGUCGCCGCCUCCUCCUCCCACCCCGCCUCCCGGCCUCCCCGGCCAACGCUUCACCGUGGACCGGGGCAUCCAGUGCGAGGACGAGGAGGAGGGGAAGAAGGACAGCGGUGUCUCCUCGACGGAGGACAGCUCCUCCUCGCAGAACACCUCGUCAGUCAUCACCGGCAAGGUCCCCCUGAAGGCACGGAGUGACGUUGCCCCGUUCUUCUGGGGCGUCGAGCAGCCGUCGGGUUGUGCCGUCCGCAAACAGAUCCCCGAGUCCAUCAUCUCAAGAGGGGUCCAGGUGUUUCCCAGGGACAGUGCGUCACUGAGCACAACCCCGUCCGAGUCCCCGCGCGCUCACUCCACCUCGCGCCUCUCCACCGCUUCCUGUCCCACCCCCAAAGUAAGCCUGGUCCAGUCACGUUGCAGCAGCAAGGAAAAUAUUCUGAGGUCAAGUAAGUGCCAUAGCGCAGUGGACAUCACAAAGAUGUCUCGAAGGUCUCGAUCGUCCUCCUUCCCACUCACCUCGAUGGACAAGGCCUUCAUAACCGUGCUGGAGAUGACUCCCGUUCUGGGCACUGAGAUUGUCAACUACCGAGCCAGCAGCAGGACACAAGAUGGCUUCGGGCGAGUUUUGGCCCAAGACGUCUUUGCCAAGGACAACCUUCCUCCGUUUCCAGCGUCCAUGAAGGACGGCUAUGCCGUGAGAGCAGCGGAUGGGCCAGGUGACCGCUUUGUUAUUGGGGAAUCGCAUGCCGGUGAGCCGACGGUGAUGCCGGGGCAAGUGAUGCGUGUGACGGUGGGGGCGCCCAUCCCGUGCGGCGCCGACGCGGUGGUGCCCGUGGAGAACACGGAGCUCCUUAAGGAAUCGGACGACGGCACGGAGGAACUGGAGGUUCGGAUAUUAAUUCAAGCCAGGCCAGGCCAAGAUAUCCGGUCGAUAGGCCACGAUAUCAAGCGUGGGGAGUGCGUGCUGGCCAAGGGGACCCACAUGGGCCCCUCGGAGAUCGGACUCCUGGCCACCAUGGGCAUCACAGAGGUGGAGGUGCACAAGUUCCCCAUCGUCGCUGUCAUGUCUACGGGAAAUGAGCUGCUGAAUCCGGAAGACAACCUCCUCCCUGGGAAGGUGCGAGACAGCAACCGUUCCACGUUGCUGGCCGUCAUCCAGGAGCACGGCUACCCGACCAUAGACCUGGGCAUCGUUGGGGACAAUCCUGAUGAUCUACUGACGGCUCUCAAUGAAGGCAUCACCCAUGCAGACGUCAUCAUAGCCUCUGGAGGCGUCUCCAUGGGCGAUAAGGAUUAUUUCAAACAGGUACUGGACAUUGACCUCAAUGCCCAGAUCCACUUUGGAAGAGUCUUCAUGAAGCCAGGAUUGCCCACAACGUUUGGUACACUGGACAUCCACGGCAUGCGCAAACUAAUCUUCGCACUACCCGGAAAUCCGGUGUCUGCCAUCAUCACAAGCAACCUCUUUGUCAUCCCGGCGCUGCGUAAGAUGCAAGGGAUCAUUGAUCCGCGUCCCACGAUCCUCAAAGCAAGGUUGGCUUGUGAUGUGAAGUUGGAUCCUCGCCCAGAGUACCACCGCUGCAUCCUGACCUGGCACCACCAAGAGCCACUACCCUGGGCCCAGAGCACAGGUAACCAGAUGAACUGCCACGUGCUGAGCAUGCGGAGCGCCAACGGGCUGCUGAUGCUGCCACCCAAGACUGAGCAGUACCUGGAACUGCAUAAGGGGGAGGUGGUUGAUGUGAUGGUCAUCGGAAGGUUGUGAUCACCCCCCUCCCUGCCUCCUCCUCACCCCCAGCCAGCGCGCUGUGCAUGCACUGCAUGUCCACCAUGUAUCUGCAAAUACUACAUGCUGUACUUUAAUUAUUUAUUACUGUAUAUCCUUUACUAUAUAGUUAGUUAGCAACCCCUUGCUUUAAAUAAUCAGGUAGAAAACAAUGAAUGUUUCAUAGAUAUAUUUACACUUAUUAUGCUAUUAUAAUCCAAAAUAGGUCAAUGUUACUAAAUUUGGGUUCCCUAUGAAAUGUCUGACACGUUCGACAGGGAUUAUUCAUUUAACACAUUUAGUUUUCAAGUCAAAUAAUGAACCUGCGUGAACAUGUUAGCGUAGAGAGCUGUUUGUCCCUUGAUUAGCGCACACCCAGAGCCGCUUGAAUUGGUUUGAUGCCUCUAAACGCCUCCAGGGUGCUGAUGCGUUCUAACUGAUGGAGCCAAUCACAUGCUCAUCGACAGCUUUAGCUCAUUUAUGCAAUGUUUAGGUAAAGGAUAAUUUUAGCAUAUAUACAGUAUAUAAAUAGAGUACAUAUUAUACUAAUCUAGUGUGUGGUAGAUCUUUCUCAAGAAGUAUGUUCAGAGGAAUUUAAAUUAAAUGAUUAGCUUGAUUGUACAUCAUCAUCAUCUGCUGCUGCUGCUGCUGCUGCAGGAUUCGUUACCUUUACGGAGUGUAAGUGCAUGGCCCUUGGGCCCUCUCAAACUCCGUCUGCAUACAGAGUGCUACAUCGAUGCUCAGCAUUAUCUGCAGAUACUCAUAUUUUUGUCAAGGGAGUAAUAUAUAUGAUAUAACAUGGGGCAACACAAGGACACGAUGUUUAUGCUGUUUAAAUAGUGUUCACUUGAAUUUAUAUAUUUAUGGUAUAUGAAAUAUAAUUAUUGUACACAUAUAACUUAUAAUUAACUUGUACUGAGAGGUUACAAAUCUUGUGAAUUACUGUAACAGCAAAGGCAAUGUGCCGGUUUGUAAGUACACAUGCACGCACGUGGAUUUUAGUGCAGUAUAGUACAACAUUGGUGCAGUUUAAUUUUGACCCCUCCCACAAUGAUGUUAGUGAUCCUGUCAACGCAGAAACCCGACCGUUUUAUUGGGGGAUUUUCUACAUAAACUGAAUUCCUGAUUUACAAACCUACUACUGCACAAGUACUGCUUCGUAAGGAUGUACAUUUCCUCAUUGCGCAAUAGCGACCUCCUCGAUCGGCAGCGGUCCCCGUGGCAACCUGUGUUCAGUAGAUGCCUGCACAGUGGUCCACUCACCCAGCAGCUCACUGGUUACGUUAGAAAUGUGUGUGUGGGCGCGCGCGUGUUUAUUUGUAGGGGGCCGGUGGCGCAGCGGUUAGCGCGCUGCGCUACGAACCCGGCGACCCGAGUUCGAUUCCCGCUCAUGGCCACCAACACCAGUGACGAUUAUCUGAAUCGGUCCUGGGCCUCCCCUAGGUCAACUCAGCCUCAAAUGAGUGGUGCGACAUGUAAACAUCGCCGCUAGGGAGACAAAGGCGGCCGGGCGUGGUGCUGGCCACCCACCCCUUUGUGUGCCGUGCCGGCCUUCAUAGGUGUUCACUAACAGCACUUGCCCCAACAGUCUGUACAGGCUACACGGGGGGAUCUUUGUUCUGUUUAUUUAAAUAUUUAUGAAUUCCUUUACUUUUUGAUUUAAAGAUGUUGCAUUCAAUGUUGUACAUUUCAAAAACAGCAAAGCUUAAAUCCCAAACAAGUGAAGAUAGUAAUGGCUGCAUACAAUGAUGCUGUGUUAUAUAGCAAGUGCAACUCUUUCAGUGUUGGCCAUCAAUCACGCAGCGUAAAUGUACACAUUUCACGGUAACAUCUGUAAAUGACGACACCAUUAAACACAUUUAUGAUCCAUACUUGUUUUGAGUACAAGACUGGUUUUACAAAUAUUGGCUGAGAAUGUAUUCCAAGCCUAUAAUUGUCUGCAUUGUUCUCUUGUUCGUCUCCAUGAUUUAGUUUGAACAUGUGUCCCUUCAUCUCUCAGACGUUUUACAACUAAAGAAAGCCGACUUAACGAAAUUGCCAGUUUGUGAAUGUUUACAUUUUUAUUGACAUUUAAGCAUAUAUCUAUCUGAAAAUGAUGGUGCUAGCUUAACAAGAAGGGGAUCUCAUUUUCAGAGAAACUAGUUGUGAUCUUGGAGCUGAAAUAGUAACAUUUACACAGACUCAAAACCUAUUUGUGAGGUAAAAUUGGUACAGUAUUUUUUUGGGGGGGGUUAUUUUGUGCUUUUCAAUUAAAAUGGGAUUCACGAGGUUUGCGCAAAUCGUGUACAUCUCAGAGGUUCUGCACGGCCCGCGUGUGAUAGCCUGCAAUACAGUACAAAUAGGGGACAUCGAUUACUCUACACGCGCCAUGGAUUUAAAAAAAUGGUUCCGUGAAAUUGUUCCAUCAACAUUUUCAUUGGGUCCCGUCAUUUUUGACAUUCAGGUAUCUUUCAAAGCUCAAGGAUUACCCACAUGUUGUUGGUUUCAAACACGUCCUGCGCAAAGGACCAAUGGAGCAUUGCGAUUGACUUGUGAAAGGCAUCCACAGUCUUUGACCAAAGUUGAUUAUUUGAUUUAGACCCAUUCUCAAAUCUGUCCCUGUACGGUAGACACAAGAUCGCAACACAGCCACACUGAACCAGGAGGAAAAGUCACGCGGAAGUGUGUUUGUAUUUAAUGAGCAAUGUCACGUGUUACGUUUCAGGCCGCACGAGGAGAGGACUAUGUAGUGACGUCACGAGGGAAGUGUGAUGCGCCAUGUCGUGGAAUGACGUCACAAUGACGGGCAUCGCUAACCCCAAAGGCAAAUUCUUAAGAGUGGAGGACUCGUGAUCGUGCACUCACACUUCGCUGCACGUGUGAUUGCAAGUCACUAAAUUGUCUGAAUGUCAGGAUAUUUCUGUCAGUGAUAAAUAUAUAUUUGAAGGCCUGGAAUUUCUGAAUGUGUAUAGAUCUGGCCUGAAUCACCCAGCACUUCACAUCGUGACGUGAGAAAUAGUUUCCAGCGAUCGCUUUUCUGAGGCCGAUCACUUUAAUUGCUUUUGCAGCAUUAUACCAGCUUCCGUAAUACUGCAGUGACUCAAAUUAAGCAUGUUACUGUGCUAUUUUGGGGUAAACGUUAGUGAACAAUGCAAAGUUUACAUAGUGCUGUAUUUAUAAUAGGUUUUUGGGGGGUUAUAUCGCAUAAGUAUAAGUCAAAUGACGUGGUAUAUCCUCCUCCACCCGACAAAGCCAAACAUCAAGUUUUUACAUGACCAUAAUACGUCCAAUUUGGCAUUAUUUUCAGCAAAUCCGGUCUGUAGAAAGGCAAUCACACCAGAGUUUGACUUCGCAAUGACACUUCGCUGGAAAGAUACGUAAUUAUGAAUUGUAUUGGUCGUGAGUGUCACACUUCCGAAUGUUUUUUUUUUUCAUUUAAGAAACUUAAGCAAAUAUUGUUGGAAAGGCUCUGGAGACCAAAUGAAAAUGCCUUCAGUAUAAGUUGCAAUAAGUUGAUAUUUUUAUUUGUAAGUAUUGUUGACCAAUAACAGUAUAGCAUGCAGCUUUGAAGCUCCAGGUGAAAAUGUGUAAUCAUUAGGUCAAUAUAAGAUACAUCUUCCAGUGUUCCUGGUAUUCUUCAGGAAAACCUAAACAUGGAAACACUAAUUGUACAGAUUUGGCAAUAUCAUAUUAAGUUUAAUUGCAUUCCUUAUUGAAACUGCAUUAUUUGUUGUUCAUAAUGAAGACAUAAAUGUUAUAGUGUACCAGUAUUUUAAAUUACGUAUAUAUUGUUUAAUUUCUACAAACUUAUUUUUAUACUCCAGUUCUGGUGUGUUGCCCACUGUAUGAGUUGAACAUGUUGUUCCCGUGAUUUUCGGAGUGAUGCUUGCCCAGUGAAAAUUAGCUGAACUCUGAGCCAAACCCGGUAAACUCAGCAAGACCCUCACUCAGCACGAGAUAAACACUAAGUUUGGUUCUGGCAUUACAGAUGCCAUUGAGAGCAAGAUUUGGCAUCUGCUCUAAAUCGGGAUAAACCGUGCCCAUGCCCUGCGUAAAUAACAGUAAUGGGUACCAUUUCUGUUUUCCUUGAGUAACUUCAACUUAUUACACACCACUUACAAAUUAACACUGUAUGUGUAAUUAUAUAUCAGAGUGUUUUUCUCAUUUGAAAUAAUUAACAGAGUAAACAUGGUUUUUGAACUCGGGGUGAUUUGUCUUGUAGUGCCACGUUAAUGUUUAUGGCAGACUAUCACGGCGUUACGAUGCGUCCCCCUUCCACGUGAAUCGUUAUCUUCCCCCUGUACAGAGACCUCAGUGCUACAGGGAAAUACGGGUCCACAAGAGUUAUCGGGACUUGACGUGUUGGUUUUUGUUGUUCCCGAACUCUUCGUCUCGUCAGCGCCGUGAUCACAACCCUGCUUCUUCCCUCGCACCUGCCCCACGGCAGGACUUCCAUCGUCUCUUUUCCUUAGCUCGUUAUGACAUCGCUCAAUUCAAUAAACGUGUACAACUCCCUACCGUUACAACAUUUCAUGGAGCUGCUGCUGGUUUGCUGGCCGCUUGACAUUUUGGGGCUUCGCGCGCCUCUGCUCAGCAAGUGUGUUUUAAAAAGUAUUGGCGUUCAACCUGAAUGAAGUUACUGUCGAUGCAUUAACACAACAAUGGAUUUUCUAAGUCUGU